AUGCAAUCUGCUGCCGAUUUUAUAACUUCUCUUCGUUCAUGUACACAGCAAGAAGAGGAGCGCUGUAUUAUUGCAGAUGAAAUUUCGUACAUCAGAACACACGUAAAAUCUAAUUCCAACGAAAAAGUUCCUGAUACAGUUUUGCAAUUAAUCUAUUUGUCUCUGAUAGGAGAGAAAACGGACUGGGCUCAGUUAUAUGUAAUGAGAAUACUCGCUAAUGAUACACCGAAAUUGAAACUUUACGGUUAUCUUGCUGCAGGAAUUAUCGUUGAUCAAACAUCUGAGAUAGCUAUGAUGAUCACUCAGUCUGUUUUGAAAGAUUUAUGUCAUAAAUCUCCCUUGAUUCAAGUUUUGGCCCUUACACUCAUCGCCAACAUGUCCGUUGUUGAAAUGUGUCGAAACUUAGCUACCAAGGUCCAUGAACUGCUCAGGAGUCCAAAUAUACGUGUCAUCAAGUGCGCUGCCGCUGCAGCAAGUCGCAUAGUCUCUUUGGUUCCCGAAACAGCGACUAUUUUUGCUGAUUCGCUCAAUGACUUGUUCUGCCAAAAGGAGCAUUGCAUCAUCCUUGCAGCUAUCAAGCUUGCCAUCCAGAUUCUCAACUACGUUCCAAAAACAGAAAAAAUCUGGAGCGGACUCGAAACAACACUAAUCCAUCUUCUCAAGCAUCUAGCAACUGCAAGAUAUCAAUCGAAUUACACCUUGAACGGAUACGAUGAUCCAAUUCUUCAGUGCUACUUGCUCCAACUAAUCGCAAAACUGGAGCUCAAAUCUUCAAAGCUGGAUGACCUCCUUUUGCAGAUAGUUACAGGCAUUGAUGCGAAAAAGAUGUCAGGCAGAGCAAUUCUCGCUGAAGCGAUUUCGACCAUCGGAAUUUGUUCGACGAACAAAUCGCUCCGAUCGAUGGGAAUCAAUCAGGUGGGUAAGUUAUUGAACAGUAGCAUAUUAGAAGCCAAUUAUACAGCUUUGUCGGUUUUCAGCAAUAUUUUAUACAAAAAUAACAAGAUAAUCGACAGAAGCUCAAGCGAAACUCAGGCUCUGAGCAGAUACAAAGAAGUUGUUGUUAAAUUCAUCAGCCACAAAGACCAUUCCCUCAGAAGAAGAGCUCUUAAAGUUUUAUCUGCUUUGAUUGAUGAUUCAAACAUCGAGGCGCUUAUUCCCCUUAUAUUGGACCAUCUACAACUCGUUAAUCCUGACUUCAGAUCCGAAGUUAUUUUCGAUUUAUUCAACUCUAUACAAAGAUUCGCCCCAACGAACUUUUGGAACUUCGAUACUGUUGUUGGAAUAUUCAUUACAAACGGUGGAUACAUCUCGUAUGAAAUUGUAGAGCAAUUCUGCAAAUUAAUCUCUAAAAACAACGAUUUACAAGAUUACGCCAUCGUUAAACUGGAUGAAUUACUCGAUUCCAACGCUACCAAUCAGACGUUUGUCCAAGUCACCGCCUGGGUUCUCGGUGAAUUUGCAACAGAUUUCUCAAACGCCCUCGUUGAUCGGCUUCUCACCAUUGCAUCACUGCCGCAGACAACUAACGAGACAGUCGACUACAUCUUAGUUGCGAUUACGAAACUCGCUUUCAGAGGGAACUUCCCCGAUUACGCAAUUUCAAAGCUUUACAAAUAUCUAUCGUCCGAAGAUUUACAACUUCAACAAUGUGCCGGGGAGAUGAUACAGAUUCUCUCACGGCCGGAGCUUGCUGAGUUCUUGUUUGCACCAGAAGAGGUUGAGCAGGUCGAAAUGGAAGGAGUUUCCAUGAAUUCUGUUGGAAUGUACUCAUUACUUUCAGCAUCUGCUUCUCUUACAAACUCUCCGCUUGUAAGAAACAAGCCAAUAUUCUCAGCAAACAUUCCAGUCUUUAUUCCUCCAAAAGGCUCUGUUGAAGCUGUCAGAAACCAAGAUUUUGCAAUAUACUUCGAAAUCUCAAGAAAUGCAUCGAAUCCGAAACAGGUUGCAAUCAGAUCGUCUUCUUUCAAUCUGACUUCAAAAGUUCUCUACAAAUUUACAACUCAAUUCGGAAUUCCAACCGGUUGGAUCAUGAUCGCAAAGGAACCAUCAGCUGUUAACUUGCAAACUGAUGGAACACCAAUACAGCAGGUUAUAAUGCUCGAAAAUAGAGGAGAUAACCAGUUGUCGAUGAAAGUCCAUACAACAUACGUCUAUGAGGGCCAAGACAUAUCAUCAAUGGACGUUGUCAAAUGUCGCCUUUAA